GUUAUCUGUGAUUUGACUUUUCAGAUUGUAAAGGCGGUUAACGGUUUUUUCGAAAGUCCGAUGUCCGAAAAUUUUGUAUAUCGAGUCUCCAGAUAAGGACAACAUGGUUGGUGAUUUAGUUUAGUGUGAUGUGCUUUAAAUAAAUCCGAAUUAUUAACAAAAUACCAUGUCUCAUACACCAAAGGUCCCGAACAGCACAAGAAGGGCAAACAGAAUAAAUAAUAAUGGAUUUGCAGCACCUUCUACACCAAGAACACCUUUAAUCACGCCCAAAAUCCAUCCAAAAAACCAGCCUAUCAUCGGGACACCAGAAUGUUUUAGCAAUGUCGUAUUCGAAACUCCAAAAUCUGUGAAACACAAGUCUAGAGCUAGUCAAGAAAUCGAUAAUGGAAAUACAGAUGAACUUAGAAAUUUGUCUGUUGCUGUAAGGGUUCGUCCUAUGAACUCAAGAGAACUGGCAUAUAUAGGAGCAACAAGUGUCGUAACUGUUGAAAAAAAUAAUCUCCAUGUGCAAUCUAGUCCAACAGGAAAUUCAGGGGUUUGUCUAGAUCAUGUAUUUCAGUAUGAUCACAUCUUCAGACCCUGUGAUGAAAAUGAUUCCGUUUAUUCUUCCCAAAAAGAGGUAUUUCAAGUCCUAGGAGUGCCUUUAUUGGAAUCUGCGUUCAAGGGAUAUAAUGCUUGCCUCUUUGCUUAUGGACAAACAGGAUCAGGCAAGAGUUUCAGUAUGAUGGGAAGGAGUGAUGCAGAUAUAGAUUCUGAAGAAUAUUCUGGUAUAAUACCUAGAUUUUGCAGGGAUUUAUUUGACCGAAUAAAUAAUUUACCAGAUAAUUGUACUGCUACUCUUGAUGUCAGUUACUUCGAAAUUUAUAAUGAAAAAAUUCAUGACUUGCUGUUGACUAGUGACUCGUCCAAUAAAAUUGCUCUCAAAGUAAGGGAACACCCAACAUUUGGGCCCUAUGUUGAAGAUUUGAGCGUUAAUUCUGUGAAAACAUAUAACGAACUAAGGAAUUGGUUAUUGAUAGGAAAUAAAAAUCGUGCAACUGCAGCAACCAGUAUGAAUGAAAAGUCUUCAAGAUCACAUAGUAUAUUCACUAUUGAACUUUGUUUAACUGAUGGUAGUGAUGAUAGUCUAUGUGAAGGUGGUAGUAGUCGAAGAAGCAGAGUUAGUUUGGUGGAUCUUGCUGGAAGUGAAAGAUUGAAUAAUUCACAUAAUAAUGAGGAAAGGAUACGUCAAGGUGUGAGCAUUAAUAAAUCCCUUAUGACUUUAGGAAAAGUAAUUUCUUCAUUAGCUGAUCUGAGAAGAAACCAAUUUGUCCCUUACAGGGAUUCUGUUUUGACUUGGCUUUUACGGGAAAGUUUAGGAGGUAAUUCAAUGACCACCAUGUUGGCCACAAUAACUCCUUCAAAUUUUCAUGUUGAUGAAACAUUGGCCACUCUCAGAUAUGCAUGCCAAGCGAGGUCUAUAGUUAAUAGAGCCAGAAUUAAUGAAAAUCCACAUGAAAAAUUGAUCAGAGAAUUAAGGUCAGAAGUCUCAAGACUGAGAUCUCUGAAGAAGAACUUUGAACGUUCAUCCUUAGAUUCAAACAUCUCCAUACAAUAUAACAUAAGUAACACAAGUGAGUGUGAGGAAUUAGAGGAUCUAAGAAAGAAACUGAAUGAAACUGAGAAUAAAUUAUCUGAAGCUGAAAAAACCUGGAGAAGGAGAUUUGAAGAAAACAAUGCUGCCAGAUUGAGGGAAUUAGCAGAAAUUGAAAAAAGGAAAGAAGAAUUAGAAUCAAGAAUGAGAAUUAUAAAAUACUCUGAAAAAUCAGUACACUUAUCACCCUACAAAACAAAUUUCCUAGAAGAACUUGAAGAUGUAUUGGAAGAUGAUAGGAAUAUAGAAUCAACGCAAAAUUUUGAAACCAUAACUGAUUGGUGUAAGAUGAAUUCUCUGAAUUACUCUAUUUCCCGAAAUGCUCUUCUGAUUAUAGAUUAUAAAAAUAACAAACAAACCAUAGUAACUUCUGCUGAUUUGGGUUGUUUAGGAAAAUACAAGGAUGUUGGAGAUUUCUUGAAUAACUUGACUUGGAAUGUCAAUAAAUCCUCCAAAAAGCUUACUAAAGCAAAUAUCACGAAAUCCAUGAAUGCAUUAUAUAAAAUACUGUCAGAUGUGCAGCCUCCAGAGGAAGAUGAAGACUUGAGUAUAUUGUACGCCAAAAUGAGCAAAGCUAUCCAGAAAUAUGAAACAGCUUUGAUAAAUGGAGUUGUAGAAAGAAGAGAACCAAAAAAUGUCACAUUCAACAUGUGAAAUGUAUUCAUCAGUACAUUGACUUUUUCAAACUUGUGUAAAGAAUUUGACUUUUUAUUGUAUUUAUUUAAUUUUAAAUAUAGCUGUUCCUUUUUGUAUGUGAUGUUACUUUAUUGUUUCUAUUAAAUUGUGACUUAUUUUUA